CUCCGAGGUUCCGCCCCAACUAAGUCGACACCCAGGUGUACUCCUUCGUUCCUCACCCCUCAGGCAGAAUCCUUCCCGAACACAGUAAACGACACAGUGUCCCGCACCCAGCACCUUGAGGGGGUUUCUGGGGCGGAGAGGCGGGCAGCGAACACAGCCGGGCCUGUUGGUGCAUCUUCGCAGCAUCAACGUCUCAUCGUGCCCUGCACCGUCCCGCUGCUCCCAGCAGGCAACAGAAUAACCUCAAGUUCCAACUCACAAUGGAAUUCCCGACUCCUGCUGGCACGCAUUUUCUCCACUAUGCUAUUCUCUUGGGUUUUCACUAUUUACACGUUUUGCUUCGUUUUGCCUUCUUCGGGACCGAAUCCACAUGGCAUCCUGACAUGA